CAGAUCGUAACGAAGCUUCGUCAUCGUGUUAAUUAAACAGGUCUCUUAGGCGGUGCUCGGGGUCCAUGGGCGGGCCCCGCCGCUCCCGAAGGGGACCUAUAUAAGUACUGCCACGGAGCGUUCGCGUGUUAAGCGAUCCUACAAUACAAUCACUUCUGCCUCAUCAGCAGCAACGAGACAUGCGUCUUCCUGUGCCGUUCCUUCUUUCUUGCGUCAGCUUAGUGGCCGGCCAAUAUAACAAUCGACCUUACCAGAUGACCACUCCUGUGCCUAUUCUCAAGCAAAUCAACAAGCACAACGGAGACGGUAGCUAUAGUUAUGGUUACGAGGCUGCCGAUGGUUCUUAUAAAAUCGAAUCGAAAUAUCCGACCGGUGAAGUUUAUGGGAAAUAUGGAUUCGUUGACGAUACCGGGAACGUUCGAGAGAUCGAGUAUGGUGCUACCAGGCGUGGAUUCGAGCCUGCCGGAGCUGGGAUUAAUGUACCACCACCGACCUUGACCUCAGCCAAUAGCAUUGCGAACGAGCCCGAGGACGAUGGUCAAUACCGAGAGGACCCAUCGGUUUAUUAUACCGAUCCAAGAUAUACCAAUGGUGAACGUUACGAGCCAAGAUCACCAGCUCAGCCUUAUAAUCUUCAACGACGUCCUCCCAUCGAUUCACGUUCUUUACCAAGCAAUUCUAUGCCAAUUGCUCCUCGAAUGUCGGCGCCUCGAUACGAGGCCGCGUAUCGACCACAGUAUCAACCGCAAUAUCAAGGACAACAGGGACAAGGGAGAUCCUUGUACACUCCGAUGGCAUACCAAGCCGGAUAUCAGGGACAUCCGGCGCCCAACGUGGUCUCAAAUGCUGGCUUGGCAUCCUAUACUAUAAAUUACAAACGAUAAAGAGAAAUUACAAAAAAUCAAAAUGGCAGACAAUAUGGGCGCGAUCUAUCGUCUUCUUCUUCUUCUUCUUCUUCUUCUUUUUCUUCUUCUUCUUCCUGUCUUGUGUAA